GAUGUAACUCGCCCAUUGAAACUGCUCACCUUGGCCGGGACGACAACGAAGUGUAUGUCAAAAAUAGUUUAAAGUGUGUUUAUAAAUUUAGUAUUUAACAUGUUAAAACAUUAGAUAGUUAUUUAGAAAUAAUGUUUGUUGUGUUCAACAACAACAUAAUUAAAAGUUUAUUUUUAGUUACUUAUUUGGUAUGCGUUCCUUUAGCAACAUUUGGAUUUACAAAGAAAGAAACAUCUGCUUGUAGUAUUCGACAGUUCCAGUGCCAUAAUAAAAGGUGUGUACCGUUGUCAUGGACCUGUGACGAAGACAACGAUUGUGGGGAUAACAGUGAUGAAGACCCAAUAGAAUGUUCUAAAAGCUUAACUUGUUCAAAGAACGAAUUCAAGUGCACCAGCGGAAAAUGUAUCCCUGGGCAAUGGCAGUGUGAUAACGAAAACGAUUGUCCCGAUAAAAGUGACGAGGACCCCCAUACAUGUCAUGAAACUUGUAGAUCUGAUGAAUUUACAUGUGCGAAUGGGAGAUGUAUACAGAAACGUUGGGUUUGUGACUUAGACAACGAUUGUGGAGACAAUUCCGACGAACAAGAAUGCCGUCCCGUUGUUUGUUCAGAAAAUGAAUUUCAAUGUUCGGAAAAGCACUGCAUUACAGCAAGAUGGCGCUGUGAUGGCGACUACGAUUGUAUUGAUGGGAAAGAUGAACAAGGAUGCCCUAAACCGGUUACAAGUGAAUCAUUUUGUCCGCCACACGAAUUUGACUGUGGGGACAAUUUACUAUGCAUACGUAAAAUUUGGCUGUGCGAUGGCAAAAACGAUUGUCCAAAUGGUGCCGAUGAGUUACCUGAGCAUUGUCAAAAUGUUACUUGUAGAGCAGACCAAUUUCAGUGUAAAGAUCACUCAUGUAUACCAGGACAUUUACAUUGUUCCGGUCAAGCAGAAUGUCCUGAUGGCAGUGAUGAAGAAGAUUGUGGAUCAGUUGCGGAAAAGUGUAAUCUAAAGACCCAGUUUGAUUGUGGUGGAGGAAACUGCAUACCCUUAUCACAAGUUUGUGAUAACAAACAGGACUGUCCUGCUGGAGAAGAUGAACCAAGAGAUAAGUGCAAUAUAAACGAAUGUAAUAACAACAAUGGCGGAUGUUCCCACAAAUGUAUAGAUACACCAGUGGGAUAUUAUUGUGACUGUAACCAUGGGUACAAAUUGGAGGGCAACAAAACAUGUAGAGACAUAAAUGAAUGCGAAAUACCUGGCAGCUGUUCUCAAAUAUGCAUAAAUGACAAAGGUACCUUUAAGUGCGAAUGCGAGAAAGGGUAUAUGAGGGAUCCCCGUGACUUGACACGGUGUAAAGCUACAGAAGGUCAUGCGUCGCUUCUAUUCGCACGACGUAGAGAUAUACGUAAAAUAUCUUUAGAUCAUCAUGAGAUGACUAGCAUUGUGAACGAUACAAACUCAGCGACUGCACUGGACUUCGUAUUUCGUACUGGUAUGAUAUUUUGGAGUGAUGUCAACGAUAAAAAAAUAUACAAGGCCCCCAUAGAUGAAGGUUCAGCUCGUUCCGUAGUUAUAAAAGACGAUAUAACAGCUUGCGAUGGAUUGGCUGUAGACUGGAUCUAUAAUCACAUUUAUUGGACUGAUACUGGAAAAAAUACGAUCGAGUUGGCUAAUUUUGAAGGUCAAAUGCAAAAAACGCUUAUUCAAGACAGUCUUGAAGAACCUAGAGCUAUAGCAGUUAAUCCUCUUGAAGGUUGGAUGUUUUGGACGGAUUGGGGUAGUACUCCUAAAAUUGAGAAAGCUGGAAUGGACGGUUCACAUAGACAAGUCAUUGUUUCUUACGAAGUUAAAUGGCCUAACGGACUUACGCUGGACCUUGUCAAGAAGCGUGUAUAUUGGGUUGAUGCUAAACUUAAUACUAUUUCGUCUUGUGAUUAUAACGGAAGGGCUCGAAGAGUGAUUUUAUUUUCUCCUGAUGCGUUAAGGCAUCCGUUUUCGAUAACCACUUUUGAAGACUGGGUAUAUUGGACUGAUUGGGAUAAAACUGCUGUUUUCAAAGCAAAUAAAUUUACCGGAAAAGAUAUUAGAGCCAUUACUGCUCCAGAAAUGAUUCAACAUCCCAUGGUUAUUCAUGUCUAUCAUCCAUAUCGACAGCCCGAUGGUGAAAAUCACUGUCAAGCUGUGAAUGGUCACUGCUCUCACUUGUGUCUCCCGGCUCCAAGAAUAAACAACCAUUCUCCAUUGAUCUCAUGUGCUUGUCCUAAUGGUUUAAGAAUGCUACCUGACGGAUUGAGUUGUGUACAAGACAAAGAAAAUGUUACUGUGCGACAGAUCUCAACAUCACGUAUAGAAAUAACAACUCGUUUUAUUGAAGUUGAAACAAGUACGCCAUACAGUGUUCGUGAAGUGGCAGCAAUUCAUGAAACUUCAGAUAACAUGACAGUAACCGUAAUAGUAAUUAUGGUAGUUGGUGUAAUACUCUUAGUUGUAUGUGGGGUUGUUCUACUGGUAUACCGUAACUAUAUUCAUCGUAACAUGACAUCCAUGAACUUUGAUAACCCUGUCUAUAGGAAGACAACAGAAGAUCAGUUCUCCCUCGAGAAGAAUAUUUCCCAACCAACACGAAUAUAUCCUAGUACUGUAGGUGAAGAGGCUUCUGAACCUCUAACUGGUGCCAAUGCUACCGAGUUUGAAUGAAU